AUGAAAUGCGAUUUAGCGCGUCGAUUGCCAAUUUUCCAGCCACGAUCGGGUAGCGGUUCAGCAGAGCAGAGUGCAACGUUGCAAAGCGGCAACAACCCACGUGCAACCAUUUGCACUGCAUUUAACUUGCCACAUUCAAAGAUCAGUACAAAUGGCCUCCGAAGACGUGGUCGGCAAACGUAUACCCGCUACCAGACGCUCGAAUUGGAAAAGGAAUUCCACACCAACCACUAUUUGACCCGCCGGCGAAGAAUCGAAAUGGCGCAUGCUCUCUGCCUCACCGAACGACAGAUCAAGAUCUGGUUCCAGAAUCGACGAAUGAAAUUGAAAAAGGAAAUUCAGGCGAUCAAAGAGCUUAACGAGCAGGAAAAACAAGCGCAAGCGCAGAAGGCGGCAGCACAAGCGGCGGCAGCAGCGGCGGCGCAGGCGCAACACAUAGGCGAUCAAAACUAGGAAAAAACCAUCACAAAUUAUUCAUAUUAUAGUUAUAAUAAUAUUAAUAGUAAUAAUAAUGAUAAUGAUAAUAAUAGCAACAACAAUAAUCCUAAUGCUAAUUCUACUUUUAACAAUAACUAUACAAUUAAUUCAACCACAACAGCAGCAGUAAGAAACCGACCAACAACACCAACACCAACACAUACCCAUGCAAUAGCGGCAAAAAUUUGCAAUAGCAAAAUGUCAACGUCAUCGUCCACAUUGAUGCCGUUGUCUUUGCCAUCGCCGUCGUUGUCAGCAUCAUCGUCACCCGCAUACCACACAUACACACACACAGCGAAUGAAAAUACCAGUAAUUUUAUCGAUAGUUUAAGCAAUGCAAAUAUUAAGUAUAAUAGAUUGAAUUUUAUUCUAAACCGAAACAUUUACGAGUAUACGGCACUGAGUGGUGGGCACAAGUUCUAUUGAAAUGCGUCG